AUGGGUUUACUUGAUGACAACUAUCCAGGGGCCCUACAACGUUUCAAGGCCUUCGUCAGAAAACUUUGCGUUAAUAAAAAACUUCUGGAGUAUGACAACGCGCUUAAGUGGAAUGUGCUCUCAAGUGGAAUAGCCGAACAAGCACCGUACCCAAUCGAAGGCGAACGUGUGUUUUACAUGCCUCGCCGUCCAGUCUACAGGGAAGACAAAGAAACAACGAAAUUGCGUAUCGUUUUUGAUGCGUCAGCUCAUGACUCUAAUCAAUAUUCGCUUAACCAACAACUUGAAGUGGGCAAUAAUCUGUUACCUGAUAUUAUAACGAUUCUACUAAAUUUCAGAAUUGGUAAGAUUGCAUUAACAACAGAUAUAAGGUCCGUUCCACACUCAGUUUGCAACUGCCGAAUUUAG